AACUGCCGUGUAUUAAAGGACAGCCAGUGGAUUGGACAGGAACCUGGAUUAGCCUACAAACAAGGAUCUUUUUGAAAGUAUAUCUUAUUGAAGAAGUUCCUUUUUCCUUUCAAGGACGGCUAACCAGAACCUGUGCAGGUGGACAAAAAGGAUGGUCUGUUUACUCAUGCUUACGUUUGCUGAGGGCCACAAAGUGGGUCAACACCUGAGAAGAAGCUGAAAGGAGCAGCAGAGGCCGAGGCUGUUUCUGUCCUACUAAAAGGGAGCACACGAGGGGAUUGUGACAGAGUGAACUGGCUGGAGACACACGACAGAGAGAAUGCAGCAUUAUUAUACCUUUAGUUUGUAGUCCCUGAAAACAGGAACCGUUGAUGUGUCCACAUUGCUGCUAGUCCUUCACAAUGUGUAGGCCUACACUCUAAAUUGUUCAACUUUUAGACUAUUUUAUAUGUAAUAUUUGAAAACAUUGCUGAGAUAAACGGAUGUUAGGCACUUUCUAACCUUUUCAAUGGCACCAUGUUAUAUUUUGACAACCUUUCGAAACACUAAACUGGUUUUACAGGCUCCAUUUACUCUGCUGGUGACCAACUGUAGCUUUGACUGAAAGGAGACACAGUGGAGGGUGCCUUUAUUUAAGCUUCAAGAUAACACAGCACCUAUUGGCCUCAAAGUCCAAACAUUCCAAGUGAUCGACGGUACAAGGGGAGAGAGAGCAUUUCCUCCAUUUGUGAGACAUUCACAUCCACAGAAGACACGACUGUACCUCCACCAUGCAACCCACAGGAACUGACCCCGACGACACGUUCGAUUUCCUGUUCAAGAUCAUCCUGAUCGGAGACUCUAACGUAGGCAAGACCUGCUUGGUUCAGAAUUUCAAGUCAGGGAUUUUCUCAGAGAGACAGCAGAACACCAUCGGAGUGGAUUUCACUGUACGGACCGUGGACAUCGAGGGGAAGAGAGUUAAGAUGCAGGUGUGGGACACGGCAGGUCAGGAGCGGUUUCGUACCAUCACUCAGAGCUACUACCGCAGCGCUCACGGCGCCAUCAUCGCCUAUGACAUCACGCGACGCCCGACCUUUGACUCGGUGGAGAACUGGAUCAAAGAGGUGGAGACCUAUGGAGCGAGCAACGUCGUGCUGGUUCUCAUCGGUAACAAAACAGACCUGGAGCAGGAACGUCAGGUUCUGUUUGAGGAAGCCUGCGAUCUGGCAAAGGACAAAGAGAUACUGGCUGCUCUAGAAACAUCAGCAAAGGAGAGUCAGAAUGUGGAAGAAGCCUUCAUCUUGAUGGCUCGAGAGCUGCUGUCUCGUAACGGCCUUAAUGUCCAUCAGGAGUCAUUAAAGAGCAGCGACACACCUCAAGUUCUCCUCCGGUCCAACUCUCGGGCUGUCGAUGACUUUGGAGCUCCCUACACGCCACCAGAGAAGAAGACGUGUUGCUGAUUUGAAAAGAGGAAGAGGACACUUUUGAUUACGAAUGUUGGGAAAGACAAAAUGGACGAAGCUCCAAAGAUGCAUGUAUGUUAAAUAAGGCUGGCAAGGCCUCAAGAUUGUUUUGCAUUGAGGAAGCUUCCAAUUUUUUGAAAGUCUUGAGAAAUGAAUUCAGUAUAUUUCAAUGAGCUUUUUGUAGCUUAACUGACCCGAGAGAAUUGUUAGCUGGUGCUACAAGGACCCGGACCGGGAGUGGUGACGGGUGGGAUCAGCGCUGGGUGAAGUUACAGUAAAUUAAUCUUAUUUAUUUCAGCUAUAGCUAGACAUUAAUUGUUCUCUUAAUGUUUGAGUGUUACUAUUUCAUUUUUUAAAGUUUGCAGUUGUAAAAUUAAUCAAAAUCUGAAUGUAAAAGCUCAGGCAUUUCAUUAUGGUGGUCAUAAAACACUCACGCAUCCUCAACACCUGCUGCCCUCCGCCACAUUCUCCUUCACACAUUUAGUCAAAAAGCAGUCUUCAUGCUUCACUCUGCAGACUAUUUUAUGUUAUUAUGUCUUUUUCACCCAAGUGUGACACAGAGAGCCGGCUGCAAGUCAAACAACUAUGAAAUACAGCUCAAUGACAUCUAUUAACAGGCGGCCUGCACAGAAAACACUACAUAUCAUCGUACCGCGGCUUCACAAAUCAAUAACAUGUCAAGAAAUAGAUACUCCAAAACUAUGUCUUACAUUAAAUGGUCUUGUAUAUGUCAGGCUUUGAAUGUGUUCCUGAAGUCCUCCUGUUGACCACUAGAGGGCAAUGUGCUGUUAUACAUGACCAGCAGCUGCAGGUUGAGGGCUCAUUGCUUUCAACAAUAAAUAGAAAGAUGAUUUAAAACAUC